UUCUUUCUCCCUUUCUUCAUAAAAUGCCAGGAUUUCGUUUAUCAUAUUGUGUCCAGUUCAAGCCAGGCUGCUCAUUUGGAAGGACGCCAGACCUUCAGCCUCCCAAAUCUGCAAGUUCAGUCCAAUAAAUUGUGACAUUGUCUGUCAGCCUUGGAAUAAGAAAUCGAUACUCAAGAAAAGGGACGCGAUAUUCUUCCGGAAUUUUAACGGACUGUUUCCCCCCGCCAUCCUCAUAAAUAUGCGAUUUGGUUGGAUUGGGUUGGUUUGGUCCAGCUUCACGCUUUUUAGCUGGAGCAGCGCUGAUAGUGACUGAUUAUUGCUGUUGAUUUUUGUCCAUGCAAGACUCGGGGUGGAAACAUGUCUGGCCACUUCUUUGAGAGGAUCACUGCUAUCAGAGAUGGCAUUUUGGUCCAGCACUUCGGUUUUCACCUCUAAAGUGCCCCGGAAAAUCUUAUUCAUGUUCACCCUCUCCCUCUCUGUCACCUACUUGUUCUAUAGCUUGAUGAGCUGCUACAACUCGCUGCAGUUCCCCCUGCAAGAGAACUACGUGUAUCAAGGGAGGCUGGUGACAGAGGAGACAACUUUUGUGACAUUGAGGGAGAAACUUUAUUCCGCCUCCCCGGGCUUGACCGAAUUCACCGAGGCCGAGAGAACCACCGCCGUCUCCACCGUGAAGGAUCAUGCUGAGGCCGAACAAAGGACGGUGGAGUGGAUUAGGACCCAGGCGUCUCCAACUAAAUCGGCGGCGGCGUAUCACACCACCGCGCUGGAGAGGGAGCACCAGGAAAUCAGCACCACGGACAGCGAACUCAGGGCGAACUGCACCAUGGAUUAUGGAGAGAAGAAACUUCCUCAAGCCAUCAUCAUCGGGGUGAAGAAAGGGGGGACCAGAGCCCUGCUGGAGGCUCUCAGGGUGCACCCGGACGUCAGAGCCGUUGGAAAUGAGCCACAUUUCUUUGACAGGAACUACGAGAAGGGGCUGGACUGGUACCGAGACCUGAUGCCUUCAACGCUGGAGGGGCAGAUCACCAUGGAGAAGACACCCAGCUACUUUGUGACUAACCAUGCCCCAAAGCGCAUCCACUCCAUGGCCAGGGACAUCAAGCUUAUUAUUGUGGUGCGUAAUCCUGUCACCAGAGCCAUUUCAGACUACACACAGACUUUGUCCAAGAAACCUGAGAUCCCCACCUUUGAGGUUCUGGCUUUUAAGAACCGGACGCUGGGUCUUAUAGACGCCUCAUGGAGUGCGUUACGUAUAGGAAUUUACGCGCUCCAUUUGGAGAGCUGGAUGCAGUAUUUCCCUCUUUCCCAAAUGCACUUUGUCAGCGGGGAAAGGCUCAUUGUGGAUCCCGCUGGUGAGAUGGCCAAAGUGCAGGACUUCUUGGGACUAAAACGGAUCGUCACAGACAAACACUUUUACUUCAAUAAAACUAAGGGAUUUCCGUGUCUGAAGAAGCCAGAGGACAGCAGCACUCCCAGAUGCCUCGGUAAGUCUAAAGGGAGAACUCACCCUAAAAUAGACCCGGACGUCAUUCGGCGGCUUCACAAGUUCUACAAACCCUUUAACAUGAUGUUCUACCAAAUGACCGGCCAGAACUUUGAAUGGGAGCUGGAGGAGGACAGUGAAUCUCGUAGCUCUCAGGACUAGUAGACUGCGGCAUGGCACGGCGCAGCCACACCACCAGCCUUCUCAAUAAAACUACUAUCAUCUCGCUUCGUCUUCAGAGAGAGUGCUUCAGCACGCCAAUCAAUCAUGGCUGUCUUUGCAGUGUCUGUAUCCAUUAGCAAGAGUUUACUGACAUGCUUUUUUCUCUCCCUUCAAUACUAAUGUUGUUGAUGAUGGCAAAUCAUUAUUGUAUAUACUAAACAUAAAAUAUAUUUAUAUUUGUGAAAAUGAGAUGAUUUAUUCAUUUUGUUUUUAAAGCAUAGAGCUGAUAUAAAAAUCAUGUUGACUAUGGCAAUGCAUGCGAUGAGUUAAGUGUCCUUACCUCAUGAGCCCUAAGGGUAAACUCUGCCUGUUUCUUCUCCCUUUACUUUCCUGCAGUUUGUUGCCCUCACACCCACUCACCAGCAUUCAGUACAAAAAGAUAUUCUAUUUCAAUGGCUAAGGCCAUGAAGUGCUCUGUAUUAUGUCUUUUCACACUGUCCUGCUGCUUUAGAAAAGAGAAAAGAGAAAAAUGAUAGACAUAAUAGUACAAUAAUCCUUUGACAUGUGCUCAUCCUUUCAGUUGUUCAUAUUCUGAGUGGAGACAAUCCUUUUUUUUUGUCAGUCUAAGUUUACCAAAGUGUUAAUUUACUAAGCGUCAGUAUUCUGGUUGCUCUGCACUCAUUAAUUGCACACAUAUUCAAUAAGAGAGCUGAUGUACAGUAGCCAUCAUUCAAUAAUUGGAUUGUUUCACUGCAUCGUUGAACAUUAGCAUACUGAUGACCACACACUCAGAUGUGGUGCAGUAUCAGUAGUUUUGGCAUAAUUUGACAAAUGAAUCCAUGUACUACAAAUACCAGGGGUUAGCUGUGGAUCAGACUAUUCUGCAUCUUGACAAAAACAAUUUCCUGUUGCCAAAACGCACCCAACGUAUCAGUUAACUCUUGAAGUCAUCCACUGUUUGCCUCGUGACCCUCCUCUUGUCACAGUAAUACAUGUCAAUGAGGGUGAAGAACAACACCGGAGGACCGAGCAGUAAGUUUGUUAACAAACAUCUGCUGUGGUGCGGUCUUCUGUCGUUAGAGAUUAAUGGUGUGUUAAAUAAACCGCUGCUGCUGGAACAAUGUCAAUGUCAGAGAGAAUUUGCUGUCAAGGAAAAGCUACAUACAUGCCCAGGUAAAUUACCAAGCCAUUACUGUAUGUACUUAACUUGAAUGAGAUUAUGUUUGCCAGGGAAAAUGUGCUGUAACCAGAGGUUUACUACCAAACACUUGUGAUCAGCAGGACUAACUGAGCGGAUGCUUGUGUUGAACAUAACAGGGUUUUGCUGUGAAAUACUCAUGAAAUGAAAUAACGACAUGACCCAUCACCCCUUCUUUUAUUAUUUUUUAUUUUGCAUAACUCGCUGUGCGUCUGUCUUUUGUCUCUGGACUUUUCAUCAAUUGAGACAAUCAAUACAGUCAAUGAGUCAAUAAAUACAGUCUGCUACACAUCA